AGAGUGGAUCAGUAGAGCUGUGUCAGCUGUAGGGGGUUGUACUCUCGUGUGUUUCCUGACGCGUCGACGCUUGUGGAUCUAGCAACCUUAAAUAUACCUCAUUUUAUAUUAGUGUUAAAGACUAACCGCUCUAGGUUUACCCUCCCCCCCCCUGCAACGUAUCCUGGUGGUGGUGAUAUUCGUGAUGUCGUCCCUACUUAGAGCUCUCUUUAAUGGAGCCAGCAAACACAAGAAAUUGUCAGAAGAGUGGGCGACGAUCAGAGAGCCCGUGGUGGAAGGGGUGACCUUCUACUGCAAGUACCUGGGUUCCACGCUGGUAGACGAUCCCAAGGGAGAAGAGUCUACUUCGGAGGCAAUUAAACGCAUCAUCCAUGCAGCUAAGCAGGUGUCGCGCAAGCCUGAACGAGUGAGCCUUCAUGUCUCUCUUCAAGGCAUCCGUAUGGCUCACACCACCACUAGUGAACUACUACUACACACCUCCAUUUACAAGAUCUCCUACUGCUCGGCAGAUGCACACUACGACCAUGUCUUUGCUUUUAUUGCCACCAAUGAUAAUGAUACAUGCGAGUGUCAUGCUUUUCUGUGCCCCAAAAGAAAGAUGGCUCAAGCUGUAACUGUCUCAAUUGCACAAGCCUUUAAUUUGGCAUAUGAAUAUUGGAAAAUGGCUGUGGAGAAUAAAGAAAGUGGUGUGAUAUAUGCACAUGAGGAAUUACCUGCUGAAGUAAAAUUGAGUUCUGUGUUGGUUCAUGGUAGUGGUCUGAAUAACAAUUCUCAGCCGUCCAGCCAGACUUCCUCUCCGAUUCCCAUUCGUUCCGAUUUUGGAUCCUCUGAUAUGAGCACUUCAGGUUACCAGUCGAGCACACAAGCAUUAAUAGACCUGGAGGAUUCUUCAGACACUGUGGCUACUGACCCCUCCAAAGAUAGCAAGCUUCAGAACAAUGCAUGUAUUCUCAAUAAACCUUGGGAUUCCUUUGAUGACACCAAUGAGAUUAAUGAUGGGUUUUCCAGAUUGGCUUUAAGACGCGAAGACCAGACUCUUCUGCUUGGGACAUUCCUGCAGACAUCAGUAGAUCUCAAUCUUGCAGCAUUAAAGGAUCACCCAGCAGCUUCUCAGAUCGAGAAUGGCUUCUCGCAGUCAGCUAGUUCUCCUAGCUCUACAGCCAGCUCGCCAACUGAUCCAUGGUUGCUGGGUCAGUCUCCACCAGAUGUUUGGGAAGAUUUUUCCAGGUCUCCAAAUAUGGCCUUCCUACAUUCUUGCCAGUCUCCUCCCUCACAGACAGCAUUUUCACAAUCUCUAAAUUUAAAAUAUGAUCCAUUUGUUUCAUGUGAAACAACUAAAGAUCAGUUUGUUUUUUGCAAAACAGUGAAGGAUCCAUUGCAUACAAGAGACCCAUUUGUUCCUUGCAAGACUGUUAAUAAUAGUGAUUUAUCAAAGAUGCCAGAAUUUAAUUGUAGAAUUCCUGAUCCAUUUAUGCAAUUAAACUGUGUCAAUGAUCCAUUUGCUUUGAACAUUUCUAAAGAUGCAUUAACUUGUGCAGGUAAUACCUUCUCUCCCAGUCUGCCUGAAAAAUCUCUGAAUACUUGUCCCAUUAGUGGCUGUGGUUCUAGUCAGCCAGUGUGGGGUAACGACAUAUUUGAUACUCUAAAAGGAAAAAAUGUCAAAUGUACGUAAGAGUAAUUUGUACAGUAUAGAAAUGUAAAUUAUUUUAAAUUCAUCAGGUACUUUGUGCACACUUGAAAAUUUAAACUUUUUAAUAGCAUCUUAAAUGGGGAAAAGCAUUUUGCAUGCAGCUUCUCUUCCCUGUCCACUUUCACAGUUUCCCUUGCAACUUCCACUUGUAAAAAUAUGCUGGAAUCAAGUACUCAUUUGCAUAGGUUAAGUAAAGAUCUAAAAAAUUAGAAUUUUUUUACUUCUGCAAAAGAUUUAAGUGAAGAUAAAAUUUAGAAAUUUGAUUUUGGC